UCCCUCCGCGGCCCCGGAGGUUUGAAUGGGCGGCCCCGCCUCCCGGCUUCCGGUGCCGGGCCGCUGGCUGGGGGGGCGGCCAAGAUGGAGGCGGCGAGCCGAGCUGGGGCCGAGAUGAGCCUGGCGGCGCUGCGGCGCCACGACCCCUACAUCACCAGCAUAGCCGACCUCACGGGCCAGGUCGCGCUCUACACCUUCAGCCCCGAGGCCAACCAGUGGGAGAAAACUGACAUAGAAGGGACUCUAUUUGUAUACCGAAGGUCAGCUUCACCUUUCCAUGGUUUCACGAUCGUGAAUCGGCUGAAUAUGACAAACCUCGUGGAACCAGUGAACAAAGAUUUGGAAUUCCAGCUCCAUGAGCCAUUUCUUCUCUACAGGAACGCCAGCUUGUCAAUUUACAGUAUCUGGUUUUAUGACAAGAAUGACUGUCACCGCAUAGCCAAGCUCAUGGCCAAAGUGGUGGAACAGGAAACCCAAAGGUGCCAGCAGGCGGCCAAUGACAGGCAGAGUCCCAGCCGAGCCAACGGACACCAGGAAAAGAGGCCUAUUGACAUCCUGGAGAUGCUGAGCAAAGCCAAGGAUGAGUAUGAGCGAAAUCAAAUUACGGACUCAACUAUCUCAAGCCCCGGGUUACAACCAGGUGCUCGCCUCACAAACCCUGGCAGUGCUGAAGAGACAUCAGAAGAGACGUCCCCGGGACUGCAAAUGCAAGAGAAGCCUGUUCCAUCCGGACACAAGCACCUCACGGUAGAAGAAUUAUUCGGAACUUCAUUGCCAAAGGAACAACCCACCAUCGUGUAUCCCAAUUCGGAAGGGGUGGAGAAGUUGCCAGCAGACACCUCCCCCAAAGAGUAUGAUUUGUUCUCGCCAUUUUCUUUUGAGUCAUCCAGAGGCGCUCACCAGCCGGAGAAUCCCCUCGUGCAGCCCGGCAGCCCCAGCGUGGUGCAGCAGGAGGCCCCCACCCCUGACAGGAAGAGCUCGUCCGGGUGCGUGGUGCCCAGGAGCCCCCUGGUGAAGGCCACUCCGGUCACCGAGUCUCUAGCCGUGAAGAAGGCUGCUUCCCAGCGGUCUCCUCUGCUUGCCCAGCCGACCCCCGAGCUGAGGCACAAGGCGUGCCAUCUGAUCGCCUCCCAGAACCAGUUCGUGGCCCCCCUGAACUCCACGAGCCCCGGGAGCACUUCGAGUGCCAGCCUUCUGCACAAGCUCCAGCUAACCCCACAGCCAUCAGCGCUCCCCAAGAACUCCAUCGCCCCUCACUUCACCUCCUCGGCGAGCCAGCUGGCAACUCCCGAGAGCUUCCGAGAGCCUCAUGCCAGAAGAAAAGGGGCCAUGGCCACCCUCAGCAUCGCCGGGAGGUCUCCCCUAAAGGUCUCCUCUUCCAAGUUUGUCCCGGCAACGACACCGGCUUCCUCCGUCCUUAUGUCACCCAGUGUUUUCCAGCAGUCGGCGACGAAGGCAGCGGAGCUGGAGAAGAAGGCCGGCUCCCCUUGUCGCCCGGGCAGCACCUCGGAAAAUCCAGCAAAGCCUCCUCUGGUUCUCAGCAGGUCUCAGCUCCAAGACACAUUAAUACAUCUAAUAAAGAACGACGCCAGCUUUCUCAGCACGCUCCAUGAAGUCUAUUUGCAAGUGCUGACCAAGAACAUCAACAACCUGCAGCUAUAGUGACCUGAGCUGAAGCCCACGGGCAUCUGAGUGUGUGAGAGUGUGUGUGUGUAUGAGUGUGUGAAUGUGGGGGGGUGGGGGGUGUCUACUCAGAAACAAAUACGCCUCAUUAAUGGAACUGGUGUGAGAGGUUUUGAUUUUAAAGAAACCGUGCUGUUUGGAAAGUCCUGGAAUUGAGCCUACGAGAGAGAAAGAAAGAGAACCUGUUCUUAAAGAAUGUUUUUAAGGUUAUAUUCUCAGAAAUGAUGGAGAUUUCACUGUGAAGCAUCACCAGCAAUCCUUUAUUUCAGUGGGAAAAACAAAGACCAUUUACGGAAAAUUGCAUGGGCCUUUUUAUCAGCAUCAAGCACAUAAGGCGUGACUGGAUGGAGACACAUGACCAGUCCAGAAGCUGGGCGGGGCAGGGCCCGUCCUGGCCCCCGGCGGGAUGGCUCUGUCCUUCUCUCCCUUCCUUGGAAGUAAAGCGCUCGUCCCAGGGAUCUCAUGCAACGUCCUACGUUGCAAAGAUCAUUCGCUUCCAAAAGGGAGCCGCCUCGAGCCCCUUUUCCUGAGAUUUGACCUACGAGGGAAGUUCUGAGCAGAUGGCAAUUUUGUGACGCAGCAUCGUUUCCAGUUUUUAGGUCCCACUGAAGUUGACGCUGUAUGACUCUUGUUCACCUGCAAGGUUAUUUGAUAAGAAUGGUAUCGUUGGCCUUGAGGGCCUAAGAUUUCAUGGUAAGAAUUUAUUUGUUAAUUGUUCUGACACCAACCAGACCAUAGGAAGUCUGGCCGCUGGUGUGAGCAUUACCUUUUCUUUUCCGAUUUUACUUAGGUUCCACUUUGACUUAAUUGGCCAAUUGGCAAAGCCGGAAUCCUCUUAGGCUUAAAAAUAUUUUUUUUAAACUGCCAGGUGUUUUAAAGAAGAUAUCAAGUUUCUUUUUAUACAGGAGAACUACAACUAAGUGUAACCUCAUUGUCCUUUUCUAGCUAAGCAUGAGUUCAAAACAAUUUUGAUCCCUCUUCUUAACUGUAGGGAAAAAAACAACCGUUGGACCAAUAAUACAACAUGACCCCUCCUCCUCCCCUAGUCCCACUGUUCCUCAUGCGUUUGACUGAUAGGAAUAAACUAUGCAGGAAAGGGAGCUGGGAUACACCCACUCACUUCAUCUCUAAGUUUGAAACGAAUGAAUGAAAUUCCGAGUUUGCCCAGUGGACUCGCUGCCCCUGUGGGCGCGCUCCAGCCCAGGUACUGAGACGACACGUAAAGGCACCUUGGAUGCUGCUUCCUCCUCCGUGUGGUGUGUGUCUAUCCCCAUAGGGCAUGUGGUAUUUUAGUGUAGAUUCCCAUUUAUUUCAGCAAUAGUCAUUUUAGGGUAGCCCUCAGAAUCAAAGUGUCUUAGUUUACGCGAGAGUCGGGCCUUCGGUCGUAUGUAAUCAAGUAAGAUGCACUGCUCACUUUUCUGGGCGUCAUUCUGAUGACUCCAGGGUGAGAAGCUCACCUGAUUCCAGCCGCUGUCCCGAAGAUGCGCUGUGAAAGCCGUUAUCAGACUCGGGAUCAUCUCUUGGGAACGAUCUGGUGAGCUUUUGAGGCAACUCGAUCAUAGGAUUUUCUAGCAGAGUUUUCGGUAGGUGACACGUAUUAAGUGUAUUAAAUAACUUUGCUUGACCUUCAUUUCUCUGCAUGUAAGGACUUGGUUUUAUUGGCUUUGCUUUAUUUAACAAGCUUCCAGCUUUGCCUGUCCUAGCUCUCGAGUCCCGCUGGCAACCCUGGGCUGAAUUCAGGGAGGAAGGCAAGGGAGAGGGCCCAGUCCAAAAGUACUUUGCCUUUCAAGACAGCGUAUCUGUUUGACAACCAAAAAUAAAUGAUUUGCGUCAGCCAGAAUCCUAAUUAGCUUUAGGCAAGCCUCAGGAUUCCUCUGUCUGGUCCAGCAAAAUGGGGUUCUUUGGUCAGUUGGGAGAGAAUGGUCUGAUCGCGGCACACAAUCUAUGUCAUCCUACCGUCAGACCAAUUGGCAAGGGGCUAGCGUUAAAAUAUAUUUGGAGCCCGCUGGAAAGGUAGAGCGAAAUCUUCUGUGACAGUUUCUGUCAGUUGUUCCGACCGUUACAUCCUUUUAAAUAGCUAAUCCAAGGAAACCAGGUUUCCUUCGUGUGGAACGUAAAAAUUUUAAGUGCCCAAGUCGUGGAGAUUUUAAAAAGAUAAUUUAGUUUUAACCUCUAUAAUUAUAUAUUAGAAUUAUUUAUAAUGCAUAAGCCAGGUCUACACUGCCAUACUUCCUGAAGUAAUUCAGGCAGGAGUAUCUGGAUAGGGCAGGCCAACCUCUAGUUGCUGUUGGUCCACCCUGCUUGAAAGCUGUAGCUCAGUCGCCUUAUCACUUCCUCCAGCUGAACUAUCCAGACCCUCGUGCUACCUUGGAUCGCUUGUUUACAUUUUUGGCAGGUCUUGGAUAGGUCUUCACAGGUUGAAAACCCCAAAUUGAACUGAGUGCUCAAAAGAAAUGAGUCUCACGGGGCAGUGAGACUGAAUUAGGGUCCCAGGUGUGUCCUGCCGAUCCAGCCUUCCCGAAUGGAAUCGCCUCCCCAAAGAAAUCGCUGCCCUUUCCAGGGCAUCUCCAACGAGCUUUGAAAACAAGAAGGCUUCGUUGACUUUCAGUAUAGAUUUCUUGCCGCCGGGAGGGGUUCCCGGAGACCUAGGACCAUCAUCAACAGCGAUGGAUUGUUUUCACUAAAAGAAAUUUGGAUUUUACUUAUUCCAAGAGUGCAGAAGCCUAAGUGAGAAUGAGUUUUUCCCAAACAAAACCUGUAUAGCCAAGCACUUCUUGUUCUUCUCUCUAGUGAUAGUUUUUUUUUUUUUUUUAAAAAGAAAGCCACAUUGAUCCUUCUACCAAAAAAAAAAAAAGUUUUUAGACCUGCUGCUUUAUUUUUCUUUUCCCCAAAGAAGUUGGUCCUGAUUUUUUUUUCCAUUUUGCCCAGUGCAGACAGUGGCUGCUGUUGCAUAGCUCAUAAGCAAGUGGGAGAAAUACUGGGGGAGGGGGGGUGCUAAGGAAGACAACCUGUGAGAUCCAGACAUUGAGCAAAGCUUGAGAACAGGGCAGAGAUAAAACAGCCUACAGCUUCAUUCAGGCUGUUUCACCGAACAAAGAAUGAAGAAUUGUCUUCUUGCACAUUCGCUGCUGAGCAAACCUUUGCUUUUUGUCGAUAUUUUCUUAUUCCGGUUCUUUUGUGAAACCAAUAAUGCGGUUUGGACGAACAUACUUAAAUCUUAACGAAAGGUCAAGCAGACACGGUGAUCGGCCUCAGACUUAAAUGACCCGUACUUAGGAUAAUCAGCCCUGGGGCCCAGAUCUUUGCCUGAUUUGUUUUUCCGCUUAAUUUAGGAAAAAUGUGUGCAAUAUAUUUCAUCUCCAAUUUGUAUUUGACAUCAUCAAAAGUGUUGAGAUGUAUUAUUCAUUUUUAAGUGAGACGAUUAUUUUUUUUUUCUUUUGGUCAUUCUAUUUGACUGAUUCGCCAAAAGUACAUUGGAAAUGGUUUUUAAUUUUUGUGUGUGUUACUGUUUAACGUCCGCUUCACCCAUUCUUACAAAGUGCUGGUCCAAACAACAGGCAUUUGUGAACAUGUGCUGUGCUUCCCUUCUUAGGAAGUGGAGGUAAGAAUCUCUGGAAAUGGGUCUUUUCUUUUCGACAUCGAUACUGCAUCACUAACUUUUUUUUAUAUGAAUUUUGUACCAUCCAUGUGUGUUUGCAAAUAUUAAGUUAUUACAUGUUUUAAACUGAGCGUUUUUUCAUCCUAAAUUUUGUAUGUUUGCAAGUAUAUUUUUUUAAUAAAAUUUCAAAACAAAGUUUUCUCACCUA